AUGGCUGGAUCUGAUGGUGAUACUCAUCUUGAAGUUUUCUUUCAACAAGGUUCAUGUAAAAUUGUUUUAAAGAGAGGUGAUCUUCUUGCAGAAGACAAUGUAGAUGCGAAAGUUAUUCCAACGCCUGAAGCAGGUCAACAAGAACCUAAUCAAAGUUAUCCUCUUUAUGAAAAAUUUCAUGCUAGUGCUGAUCAAAGUAUGAAACGUGAUAUAAAAACUAUCAGUUCAAAAAUUACGCAAAAAAGCGCACCACAAAUAAUCGAUACUCGUAAGCCAUACAUUAUUUUGACUCCAACACCGUAUUUCAGACAAGGUAACCCGAGCCCAGGUCUCAAAAUACUUCAAGAGACUUAUCUCAAAUGCCUUCAACUUGCCUCUGAACACAAAUGUCGAUCUAUUGCUUUUCCUACAAUUGGCUGUGGCGCUAGUAGUUUUAAUACAGAUGAUGCAGCUCAAACUCUUUACAAAGCUUUGGCAAAACAUGAACAAUCAUCAUCGAAGAAAGUUAAUGAAAUUCGCAUAGUUGUCUUCACAACAGACAUAUAUCAACGAUUCGUCAACGUCUUCAUGGAUCUUGCACACGAUAAAAACAAUAAACUCAAACUUUUAGACAUGUCAACACAUGACACUAAACCAUCUGAGACAGGUUCAAAACGUGACGAAAAACGAAGAGAACAGCAAGCCACAUCCGAUCCAAAAGACCAGGAGUACGACGACGAUUUCGAAAAGGAAACGACUGAUGAACGUCGGAAAGAUUCAAAACGGCUAUCUCCAAAACUAAAUCCUGAUACUCCAGAGUUUCGACCAUCAAAUCAAAAUCGAUCUCGUCCUAAGCGCACUUAUGUUCUUAGCAAUAAUAAGACACACUUAGUGAUACAUCAAGGUGAUAUUUUGAAAACAAGAGUUGAUGCCAUAGUCAAUGCGGCAAAUGAAUGUAUGUUAGGUGGUGGUGGCGUAGAUGGGGUUAUCCACGAUGCUGCAGGAGAUGAACUUCUUCGAGCAUGUCGAGCUCACAAAGAGAUCUAUCCUGACGUUCGUUUACCAACUGGUCGUUCUCGCAUACUGCUCAGUUAUAAAAUGUCGAAAACGACUCAUUAUAUCAUCAAUACCGCUGGCCCUCGAUAUAGUGAUUUUUCACCUGACCAAAAUAGACAACACUUAGAGUCUUGCUAUGAAACAUCGCUUGCUCUAGCGAACUUAUAUGAUCUUGAAACGAUUGCUUACACUGCCAUCAGCUGUGGCAUAUUUGGCUAUCCAUUGGAUGAAGGUGCUGAAAUUGCACUACGAACAGUUGACCAGAAGGCUGGUUUAAUGAGUAAAAUUACAUUCGUUUUAUUGGAUGAUGGAAUUUAUGACGCCUGGGUGAAAAAAGCUAAACAUCUGGGUUUUACUUCACUAGACAACUUUGAUGAAGACACAAGUUCCCAUGAUCAAUCGAACAAUAGUAAUGAAUCUUCAGUUAGAAAACACGAUCAAACCACUGUCGAUAGAAGAAAUGGGAAUCCAGGACAAGAUCGAAGUACUCCACCACCAGGAAAGCCUGAGGAACGUAGAAUAAUCGAUGCUUCAUCACCAAACAAAUCAGAAAAGGUUUCGAAACCUAAUUCUAAUAAGUCACCGGAACGAGCGACAGCAGAUGCCGAUGAACAAUCGCACACUGACGAAAACUCAAAUAACAAGGAAAAUAAUGCGAAGAAAAAACCGGGUGUUACUGAUAGAACAUCAUCUAAUGCGCAAGGAACAAAUAAAUCCAACGGCAAACCAUCAACAGGAGGAGCAGGUGCAGGACGUGGACGUCCUAGAAAUGGCAAUAAAUUCUAG